AGAGAGAGAGAGAGAGAGAGAGAGAGAAACAGAGGAGCCGAAUACAGAGAGUGCUCAAGAGAGAGAGAGAGAAAGAGAGAGAGGCUGAAUGCGCCGCAGAGACGCUCGUGUUCGGGGUUGAAUGUGGCGGUUCAGUGCAGGAUUCUGAUCCAGAACGAGCGAAAGUUUGCCGCAGAAUGAACAUGAGAGAGUUCGUGUCGAGCUGCUGCUUCGUCCUGCUCUGCAUCGGCUGCUCCUCGCAAUUGUCCGUGUCGCCGAAGCAGGCGAACGAGUUUCUCCGCAGACACCGGAGGGCGAACCAGGUGUUCGAGGAGACCAAGCAGGGUCACCUGGAGAGGGAGUGUGUGGAGGAGAGAUGCACUAAAGAGGAGGCGAGAGAAGUGUUCGAGAAUGACCCUGAGACGGAUUAUUUCUACCCCAAGUAUCAGGCUUGUUUGGACAAAUUUGGAGGCUCUGAGAAGAAGAAAUCGGAUCUCAUCACCUGCGUCCACAACAUUCCAGACCAGUGUUCCCCGAACCCCUGCAAUCAUCUCGGGAUGGUGCGCUGCGAGGACAAAAAAGGCGGAUUCCAGUGUCACUGUUUCACUGGAUGGAGUGGCGUCAGGUGUGAGAAAGAUGUAGACGAGUGCAGCAAAGAGAACGGAGGCUGUGAGCACGAGUGUAACAACACCAUGGGAAGUUACCACUGCUCCUGUCGUGACGGAUACAGGCUCUCGGGUCACCACGCGUGUCUGGAUGUGGACGAGUGUGUGGAGACUCCAGAUGUGUGCGGAACCGCGCGCUGCUCCAACCUCGUCGGGAGCUACGACUGCCUAUGCGAGGAGGGCUACGUCUACGACAACAUCACCAAGAGCUGCGCAGACGUGGACGAGUGUGAGACGCGUGUGUGUGAGGAGGAGUGUGUGAACACAGCGGGAAGUUUCCGCUGCUACUGUGACGGACGGCAGGGGAAGAGACUGGGCCCAGAUUUCAGGAGCUGUGAGACCAUCGAGCUUCACCUGCCGCAUGACAUAAAGAGGAACUCGCGCUCGCUGUAUCUCGGACGCAUGUUCAGCGGGAUUCCUGUGGUCCGGCUGCGCUUCCGCCGCAGGGUCCAGACCGGAUUCACAGCAGAGUUUGACCUCAGGACCUACGACCCCGAGGGCGUGAUCUUCUUCGCUGGCGGCCACCUAAACAGCUCCUGGAUUGUUCUGGUGAUGCAUAAUGGGAAACUGGAGCUGCAGCUGAAAUACGGAGCCGUGAGUCGAGUGACGAGCAGUGGACCGCUGGUCAAUGACGGCCAGUGGCAUAAGAUCUCCGUGGAGGAGCAGGGGCGGAGCCUCGUCAUCAAGAUCGACAGGGAGGCGGUGAUGAAGAUCGCAGUGAACGGGGAUCUGUUCACGCUCAAUAAAGGCAUGCAUGAGCUCAACCUGACGGUGGGCGGCGUUCCCUUCAGAGACGACGGGCUGGUCAGCAGGAUUAACCCUCGACUGGACGGCUGUAUGAAGGACUGGCGCUGGUUAACUGGUGAGGACACGUCCAUUCAGGAAACCAUCCGGAACAACGAGCGCAUGCAGUGUUACGCCGUCGAGGACCACAGCGCCUUCUACCCCGGACACGGCUUCGCCUACUUCAACCAAAGCCACGGGGACGAUCAGAAGCUCCAUGUGCACAUGACUCUGCGUCCCGCCUCCUCUGUGGGCGUCCUGUUCGCUCUGGUUCGUCAGGACAGAGUCCCGUUCUCCAUCUCUCUGUCAGACUAUCAUCCCGGGACACUGGAGUGGACUGAGCACGUGCUGGUGUCGUUCGGUGACGUGGUGGUGGCCAGUGUCCCAGUGAACCUGUGUGACGGUCAGCAGCACACAGUGACCGUUAAUGUGUCCGGGAACAGCUCCAAACUGGAGGUGGACGGGCAGCUUGCUCAGAUGGAGCUGGUGGAGAAUGUAGACGCUCUGGAUCUGACGUCCUCAUACAGCACCUUUAUAGGAGGCAUCCCAGAUGUUUCGUUGGUGUCCACCCCAGUGUCGGCCUUCUUCACGGGCUGCAUGGACGUGCAGAUCAACGAUCAGCUGCUGGACGUGGACGAGGCCCAACACAAGCACAACGACAUCCGCUCUCACUCCUGCCCUCUGGUGGGCGCGCAGCAAUAACAGCCGGACGUCGCGUCAGACUCCUUCAAAGUGCUUCCGACUGCUGGAGGACGUUUAAUCAGGAUCCGCUCGACCGAUCCACGAAGGUCAAGCCCGAGAUCCUCGCCACACUCGCGUCACGCACAUAUAGCACAGCCAGAGACGCGUCCACACUGUAUCGAUGUAUUAUUACUCACUGACACGCUUACAUUAGACCAAUCGAACACAAGCUACUGAGAGUGUGCUGUAAAAUACUGUACCUGUACAUACGCCACUGUAAAAUGCUUUAGAGGAGGACGACUAAAAACAGCCAACGACCUUCACGCUCAUCAAUAAAGGCCUUCCGGCCUCGAUGUAGGUGCUCAACUUCAUCUUCAUCUUCAUCUUCAUGGUUUCAUUCAGUGGUUUGAGUUGGAGUUUUUCUAGUUCCUCGUUUGAGUUUUUUAAUCUUGUUUUUAUUGUUAAUGUUGUUUUGUAUUUCGUUCAUGUUUGCUCUGUGUGUGAGACUGAAACGCUUGUUGAAAACAAAUAAAGGCGGAUGUUGUUAUUA